AGCUCGCUGUGGCUCGGCGUUUUGAUGCGCGGUGAGCAAUGGGAUGCUCCAGUUCGUUAGAGGAACUACCCCCGCUAUGGCCAAGUCUGAGCUCUUUCAGGUGAUCGAAGAGGAGCAAGGGCACAAUUUCGACUACCGCAUGGGCCUGGAGAUAGCGCACCAGAAAAAGGCCAAGGGCCUGAGGGCGAAGAUUGAGAAGAUCGAGGAGAAGAUCCCGGAGAAGGCGGAGGAGAAGGGUAGCUCGUCCUGGGAGAUGACCAGCGUGCCGAAGAGGCACCCCAAGGAUGUGCUGCUGCAACCGGACCGGCGCCUACACGAGAAGCACGUGAGGAAGCUGGAUAGCUUCUUGUUGGGAGUGGAAUCCUCGCCGAAAGUGCUUGUAGACAGCGUCAACGAAAAGAGAAAGCAAAGCUAUGAGCAAGAAGACUGCAUGUCUCUGUAGUUCGCGAAUUCCGCCUCGACUGGGUUCGGAUAGCACCGGACCCGUGAAUGAUUUUUGUCAAGGCGAUUCCUGAAGGGGUUUCAUUUUUAGCUCAACCGGGGCCUGCAAGUCUUUCAAGUCCUGAAUGGUGGAGUGUGUCUUGCUGGGUGCGUUUUACUCUCCUUUCCCGAAU